AUGGCUCAGCGUGUGGCCUUCAUCACUGGGGGAAGUGGUGGUAUAGGAAAAGCCACUGCCCACAAACUUGCAAGCCGUGGUAUCUCGAUCAUUAUAGCCGACAUGGACGAACACGAGGGCGCCAAGGUGUCAGACGAGGUGGCCAAGAAGUGGAAUGUAAAGACCAAGUUUCUCAAACUCGAUGUCACUCAGGAGCAACAGGUCAAGGACGCGAUAGCCUCAUCCACAGAGUGGACGGGUCGGCUCGACUAUGCCGCCAACUGUGCGGGAAUCUGCGAAUCCAUCUGGUCUGAAGAAGAAAGCAUCACCACGGAGCUCUUUGAAAGAACACAUGCCAUUAAUACCAGGGGCCUCUGGCUGUGCCAGAAAUACCAGGCGCUGCAAAUGAGGACUCAGGCUCCUCGUCCGAUCUCGUUCGAACCACCAUGCCCACACAAAAUCCCAGGACAACGUGGUGCCAUUGCAAACGUUGUCUCCAUCUCAGGACUCCAAGCUGCCGGUCUCGCAGCUUAUACUCCCUCAAAGUAUGCAGCAGUCGGAGUGACAAAAAACGGAGCCAAAUUCUAUGGGCCGGACGGGAUCCGUGUCAAUGCUCUAUGUCCGGGGUGGACUAUGACCAAAAUGAUCGAGCACUCGAUGGGCGCCGAAGGGACAAUUGGGUCAAAGGAAAACCAAGAGUCUCCAGUCAGCAAAGCCAUUGCCUUGCGAAGGAUGGCUUUCGCUGAGGAACAGGCAAAUGUCGUGAGCUUCUUAUUGAGUGACGAGAGCAGCUACAUGAACGGGUCGCUAGUGGUCAAUGAUGGCGGCUUUCAUGACAUCCGCUAA